UCCCUCUUCGGUUGUUUCUAGUAAAAAUUUGACAUCAUAGUAAGAAUGGGGGAAAAUACCUGCACGUUUUAUUUUUUAUUAUAAUCGGGAAAGGGAAAACAUUAUUAUUAAUUAAAGUGACACUAAUGAUCACUGCACGAUCAUCCUCGAAGUGAUAUGAAAUCCAUCCUUUGAGGUUAUAGGGUCAAGCUAUUACCACUGAUCUCUGUGCCUGUGAGAUCUUUGGAUCGUUUCUCCCUGGAAAUUGAGGUUCGCAACUGGUUCAAGUGAGGUAUUGACUAUUGAGCAUGACUGGUGGAUUUCCCCCCACAUUAAUACAUUAGAAAUAUUAGGAUAUAACUAUGUUGCAGCAAGCCAGCACCCUGCAAACAUAUACUACUCACGAUUUCAAGUUAUCUCCCACAUUAGUUAUGCUAGUUCUACCUGUGGUUAAUAGCCUUGAUAUGCUAGCAAACAGAAGCAUGGAGUUUGGAGGACCUGGUUCAUAAAUCAUGGUCUUUCUUUGCAUCUCCAAUUCUCCAUCUAACUCACAAUGUUCCUUUGUCCCCUUCCUCUCACCACCUCAUGUUUGACCAAUACCUUCUGUUCGUAGAAGUCUCCAUCCCUCUUGCCACUGCAUGUGGCUUCUUCAGGUCCCCCCACCUCCCUCCUCUCAUCAUUUGCAGUGUUAGUAGAAUGCCUCGAAGGCCAAGAAGGCAUUGCCAACAAGUCAAAUCUUGGCCUAUUACAUUCUCUCAUUUUGCUUGUGUUCUUUCUCGUAUGGCCUCCGUUUCUAUGCCCAAAUGACAUUUCCAAUCCAUUGAAAACCCCACCCCUACCUCUGCUAGUAAUGGAUUAAGCACACUUUGGAAGAGAAAUCAGAAGAGUUUGAGUCAUCCGAUGAGGAGUUUGAUAAUUUGCCUUUUUUGAUCCUAAACCUGAUGACUUCCAUGGAGUUAGGACCUUGCUGCAAACUUACCUGGAUAAUCAAGAAUGGGAUUUGAGUGGCUUUGUAGACUUGAUUUUGGGACAGACCACCGUAGGGACUGUUGUUAAGAUAGAGGAUGAAGGACUGUUAGCUCUUGUUACUGCUCUUAAUUUAUGGAGGUACAAGGUAGGUCACAUUGUACUGCCUAUGAUGUUUUGCAUGAUCUGUUUGCCUCUUUUCAAUUUUCAUUUUAAUUUUUUGGCAGCCUUGAGAGUAAAUACAAUAAUUGUCUUUACUGUUUGGUCAUUGACAUCACACCAACUUAAUUUUCUUCUUGUUUAGGUAUGUUCCGCUCUUUCUUAGGUUGCAAUAUCAGUUUUAACAGCAAGGAUCCUGAUUUUCCUUGAGGAAAAAAUGGUUUAGUUAUGAUAUAUAUCUUUCCCACCUGUGCAAUUUUACUAGUUUGCAAAUUGUUGCGGAAAGUUCCCUCACCAAAAUAGUAAUCAUACACGUAUUUUGAUAAUAAAGGAAAGAUUUGGAAGAAUCAUAUAGUAAUAUUUUUAUGGAAAUUGAACCUUAAUAAAGUAAUUCAUAUUUCAGUUUCAGUUUUUCUGGUCGAUCUCUUUGGUUCAUUCAUUGUUUGGCAUUUGGCAAUUUGUAAAUUUGGUUUAUGACUAGUUUAGCAUCUCGACGCCCUGAAAAAAGCUUAAAAGCCAGUAUGGAUAAACUUUUCAACAAGCAUUUAUAGGAAAAUAAAAGUUGAAAUGAUCUUACUAUGACUUAGUCUUCUAAAUGAUAAUUAACUCCAUAUGUUGAAAUUAGUACAUGCUCCUCAACUUUUUUAGAAGCUCCGUCAUCUAACUUCUAAACAGCUAUAAAUAUUCAGAGCUCUUUUUGUAAGUUUGGAACCAAGUAAUUAUUUAGUUUGAGAAACUCCUCUAAGUAAGAAGCUAAUCUUAAUUGAGCCUAAUAAUUUUGCUAUGAACAAAGAUGUAUCAUGACUGUCAAGGAAUUUCUCCGCUGUAAAGCAUGCCGAGAGAAGGGCAUUGCGGAUCCGUUGGGUUCAGUUUUGGGGGGACAAGCACGUAAUGUGGGUCUCUUGGUAUCACAAUGUGUGGUGAACCUUCCUCCCCAUCUUUUACCACAUCUUUAUGGUGCUCUUUUUGAUGAAGUCUAUUGGGCAAUAGGAGAUGAGCUGACAGAGGACCUUUGGAAUUCCUUCCAAUUUAAGCAUUAUAUAAUACUGAGCAAAAUUUACAAGCUUAAGAAUGCAGAACAGAAAAGAAAAUUGAGCAAUGAUAGUGAUGAGGAGAUAAUGUAUAUUAAGCCCGACGACAAAAUUUUUCAUAAGUUAUGCUUGUGGUCCUUCCAUUUUCCUUUGCAAACUCAGCAGGUUGCACCUCGUGAGGCAAGUUUAGAUGAUUCUUAAAUCUCAAUAACCAUUAUCCUGAAGUUUUUUGUAACCUGCUGAAAGUUACUACACUUUUUGGUCAGUUUCUGAAAGUAACUUGAAAAAGAUAGUGCUACUUUUGCUGGUAGAAGUAACUAACAACUAUAUUUGCUUACUUUGGAUCUUGGCCAUGUGGAUAUUUGUGAGGUUGUAGUACCCAAAUUUUAACUAGAAGUUUCUUCUCUCAUAGAUUGACAGAGAUAUUGGAUAGCUCCUUGCAGCUGAAGUUUGUUUGUUAAAGGAAACUGGGAAAGGGUUUAGGAUUAUUAGACAUCACUUAUAUAUAUAUCCUUUUUUUUAAAUGGAAUUUUAUUUUCACUACCACGGAUAUGUUUGAUUAUACCAUUUCUCUCAAGUGGCAUUAAUUUGUCUAUGUUCACUUUUAAUGAAUAAGAAAGGGUCUAUGUUACAUCAUUAAGGAUUAGGUAGAACAUGAAAUUUAAAAUUAUUAAUAUAGAAGGCAGACAAUUUUUUUACUACAUUUGAGAUGUAAUAGAAUCUGAAAUUUCUUUCAA